UAUGUGUUAGGUCAGGAAGUGACAAUUGCAGUUGGCCCUUUACAUAGCUGUGACAGCAAGCUUUGUUUAUGGAAGCAAAAGUGAUAUAUUCUGCUGCAUUCAACAAAGGAAGAAAACUUUGCCUGCUCCCUGUGCUAUAGGAAGGGGAGAAGAUGCUCCAUGAAGGGCACCAUGCCUCAGAAGCCAUUCAGUCCAGACUACAAGAAAUGGAUGAGCUAUGGGAGGAACUGCUAGCAAGUUGCCAGGAGAAAUGGAUCAAACUGCAGGAUGCUUACAAGGGUCUUCAUUUUCAGCGAAGUGUAGAGGACACAGAGAAAUGGUUGGAAGGUGUGGAAAAUGAGCUGAAAGCACCAUACAGUAGCAAUGAUCUGGUGGUUUUGAACAGUCAUCUGAAGAAACAAGAGGAAUUGGAGGAAGAUAUUGCUGGCCAUAGGGACCGGGUGCAAGAGCUUGUGGUCACAGCUCAGCAAUUCCAGAAGGAGAAACACUUUCUUGCUGAUGAACUAGAAGAGAGAGUAGAUCAACUGGUGCAGAGAUACAAAAGAUUACGUGAUCCUCUGCAGGAGAGACGUGGGAAUCUGGAGGCAAGCAGACUUCAGUACCACUUCUUCCGAGAUGUUGAUGAGGAGUUGGCUUGGGUUCAUGAGAAGCUCCCUCUGGCUUCCUCCAGGGAUUAUGGCCAAUCCUUGGCAACUGUUCAGAGUCUACAAGAAAAGCACCAG